UUUUUUUUUUUUUUUUUUUUCUACUUUAUAACUUAAGUUUCUACUCUUUGAAACCUAUAUACGUUUUGAUAAUGUCCGUUAAGCCUGUUGACCCCUGGAACACUUGUCUCAAUACUUCUCUUGAACAAGAAGAUCCCGAAAUUUUUAGCAUUGUUGAGAAUGAGAAGCUUAGACAAUGGUCUGGUUUAGAGCUUAUUGCUUCUGAGAACUUUACUUCUCAAGCUGUUAUUGAGGCUAAUGGUACUCCUUUAACCAACAAAUAUUCUGAAGGUCUUCCUGGUGCUCGUUAUUAUGGUGGUAAUGAAUUUAUUGAUGAACUUGAGCGUCUCUGUCAAAAGCGUGCUUUAGAAGCUUUUGGUUUGAACCCUGAAGUGUGGGGUGUUAAUGUUCAACCCUAUUCUGGUUCUACUGCUAAUUUCGCUGCUUUAACGGCUUUAAUUAAACCUCAAGAUCGUCUUAUGGGUCUUGAUCUUCCCUCUGGUGGUCACUUAACUCACGGUUAUCAAACACAAAAGAAGAAAAUCUCAUCUUCUUCUAUCUAUUUUACUUCUAUGCCUUAUCAAGUUGACCCUACUACUGGUUUAAUUGACUACAAGCGUCUUGAAGAAAAUGCUGCCCUUUUCCGUCCUCAGUUAUUAAUUUGUGGUGCCUCUGCUUACCCUGCUGAAUGGGAAUAUGAUACCCUUCGUAAGAUUGCUGAUCAACAUAGUGCUUAUCUCAUGUGUGAUAUGGCUCAUAUCUCUGGUUUGAUUGCCGGUAAUGAAGCCUUAUCUCCCUUUGAAUUCUGUGAUAUCGUAACUACAACUACACAUAAGACACUUCGUGGUCCUCGUGCUGGUUUAAUUUUCUUCCGUCGUGAUAAGGGUGAUGAUCUUGAAAAUCGUGUUAACCAAGCUGUCUUCCCCUCUUGUCAAGGUGGUCCUCACAAUAAUACAAUUGCCGCUAUCGCCGUUGCUUUAAAGCAAGCUGCCUCUCCUGAAUUCAAACAAUAUGCUAAGCAAGUUCGUGCUAAUGCUUUGGCACUCGCUAAAGCUCUUAGUAACUAUGGCUAUAAGUUAGCUACUGGCACUACUGUGAAUCACUUGAUCCUUUGGGAUUUGAAGCCCCAAAAAUUGACUGGUUCUAAACUUGAACGUAUCUGUGAUAUGGUGAAUAUUACGAUCAAUAAGAACUCAAUUGCUGGUGAUAAAUCUGCUGUCACACCAGGUGGUGUUCGUCUUGGUUCCUCUGCCUUAACCUCUCGUUCCUUAAAAGAAGAAGAUUUCGUUAAAAUUGCAGAAUUCCUUCACAGAACUGUUCAAAUCGCUUUGGCUGUUCAAGAAAAAUCUGGCUCCAAGUUAAUGAAGGACUUUGUUGCUGCUCUUCAAGGAAAUGAGGAAAUUGCUCAAUUGAGAAAGGAAGUUAUUGAAUUUGCUCGUAGUUUCCCCAUGCCCGGUUUCGACCCUACCAAAAUCAAAGCUACUGUUGCUAUCUAAAUUAUUAUAUCAUUCAUCCUAUUCAUUUAUGUAUCCCGACACAUACAAAUUUAUAUUUCAUAUUUGUUCAAUACUCUCAUCAGUAUUUUUUUUUUUUUUUUAUAAAGUUCAAUACAUUUAUGUAUAAUAAAAAUAAUAUCCAUUGUCUUAAAAAAAAA